AUGCACGUGCAGCAGCUGCAGCAACUGCAGCAACGACAGCAGCUGCGGCAAGUGCAGCAGCUGCAGCAACGACAGCAGCUGCAGCAGCUGCAGCAACGACAGCAGCUGCAGCAGCUGCAGCAACGACAGCAGCUGCAGCAGCUGCAACAAGCAGAGCAGUUGCAGCAGCUGCAGCAGCAGCAGCAACUGCAGCAGCUGCAGCAGCAGCAGCAACUGCAGCAGCUGCAGCAGCAGCAGCAACUGCAGCAGCUGCAGCACGUGCAGCAGCAGUUGCAGCGUGAGUGUCUGCUGCAGCAGUGA